GCUCUAGAUCUUCUGUAACUUUCCAGCUAGAACAUGCCCUGGGAAACUCGGCAUGAAAUCCUGUUUGCUCUUCUGCUCUAUCUUGCUUGCCUUCUACCUGAGGUCAUGAUGGACCAAAAGACUAAGGAAGACUAUUGUCGUUUCAACACCACAGUACUGCUGAUGGGGACCAAUCUGAAUGCUUCUUCGAUCUUUAAUGUGGAGUGGCAUGCACAGCUAAAUGGGAGAGAAAAGGUCUCCAUCCUAACAUACUCACCCGGCUCCAACAACAUCUAUAUUAAUGAAAGUUACAGGAAGAGAGUUGUCUUUUCUCAUAUGAACUUUUCCUUGACGAUACAUUAUGUGACUUUCAGCGACGAAGGAGUCUAUACGCUGACCAUCCAGCUGCUUAACAGUCAGCAACAGAUUGGCAGGACAAAAGUCACAGUGAUCAUACCUGUAUCGAACGUGCACAUCACCAGUGAGACAUCUGUUCCUCAUCAGGGGAAAAACAUCACCUUGAAUUGCCUGGGAAUGGCAGGAAAUGCCAUGUCCUACUCCUGGCAGAAAUGCAACCAGCCUUUGCCAAUUGGAAACCGCACCAUCCUGUCUAAGGACAACGCAUCCCUGACCUUCAUUAACAUACAGCAAUCUGACAUUGGGAACUACAGAUGUGUGGCCCAGAAUGCUCUCAGCUCUGGGCAUAAAGACUUCAUCCUGCAGCUUUGUGCUGAGACUGGUAAGAUGGAAACUCAUUAUGAAUUAUUGUUAUCAUAA